AUGCCCCCAUGGGGAAGACCGCCAGGGGGACGAGGGGCAGAUGUAGGGAGAUAUUUGCAGGAGGUGGAGGACGUGUAUAGAUUUCAAGAAGUGGACAGCGAUGACGAGAAGAAUGGCGUUAUGUCAGAUCCGGCUCAUCAAAGGGUUUCCAUCAGCAAGCAAUAUUUCAAUCCGGAUGAGCUUUAUUUCAAUGACAUGGAUAUAAGAGCAUGGGAGAGGAGAGCACAAGAAUUGGACGCGCUGGCUUAUGGGGAGGACUAUGGAUAUCUGGAAGACGAAGGCUACUAUGACGACGCGGGCGAUGUUACCAUGUCCGCGGCCGAAUACGAGGAACUUCUCUUUCAACGCGUAUUAGACAAGAUUCGACUAGCCAGGGCGACUGGCGAGUCCGAUGUACAGAUCACUCCAGAAGAGCUUGAUGCAUACCAAGCAAGGCUUUUGGGGCGCCCAAGGGUGCCUGCAGCGCGCCCGCAAGUACCCAGAGCCAGGCCUGUAAGCGCACCUGUUCUCAACGGUAACGUUAGUACCGCGGGGGUUACUACAUCAGGCAACGCUGCCGCAUCGGGUUCGAGCAGCACACGGUCAAAGAAGAGUCAGCGACGGACAUCCAUUUUCGGAUCCCGUCCAAAGAAGGAGAAAUCCCGCAGCCGUACACGGGCCACCUCGAAUGCAUCGAACACGACCAGCCAACAACCUCCGCCUGUCUUCAUUGUGCCAGGGCCAAAUGGUCAGCCGGUAUAUGCUCCAAUCAACGCCUAUCAAGGUCGUAUGCCUCGAGAUCACCCCGUCCGCCCUUCUGGGUCGCCCUCAAGGCAAAGCUCUCGCUCUGCCUCCAUCAGCAGCGACAGAGUCCCAACCCCUCCGCGAGUCAGCCCACCCCGAGAUGUACCAGGAGCGUUCCCGUCGGGAUCACCUCAAAGAUCGCGGGACCCAACUCCACCGCAUUCGGGGCGUCCUGCUUCCUCCUCGUCGCGCCAAUCUACGCAGGAUAGUAUUGAUUCUCAACUUGCCGAUGGCACUGCUCGUCGGUCGUCUGUCCAGCAGACAGCGAGGCUUGUUCCCUUCCCUGUUACCGAGUACAAGCACUACACUGCGGAGCCCUAUCAUUACCAAGUAGCAGGUCAGGUUGCUACAUCUCAGCCCUCAUCAUCUCAACCCCAGUUCGCUCGGAGAGUAGUCUCAGGGCCUGCCGGGAGCAAUUACAUGACAAUGCCGCGCCGCGUUCCGGUCCCGGAUCAGCGCGCAGCUGCGCCCAUGUUGAGUGCUCAAGGUAGCCACUCUGAUCCUGCACUUGUUCAGCGGGCCUCUGGGUCAAGGGCUGAGGUGAGUGAUGAAGAGGACGGCCAAGGCGCCAUUCUAGUCGAUGAUAGCGAGCGACGGAGGAGAAGCGGGCGUAGCCGGAGGAAGUAUUAA